GUUUAAUCUGCAGGCUUUUACUUUGACAGUGAUGAACCGGAAGUGCUUCUGUGUCGCUUGAGGUUGGCUAAAUUCUACUUGAACAAUGCAGCAACGAGAAGAGAAGCAAUUAGAGGCGUCAGUGGAGUCUCUCAUUUCGAGGGUGGCUCACGUUAAAAAUGCUCUGCACAGUUUCAUUUACAAACUAGAAAACGAGUACGAGCGUUUGACGUGGCCUUCUGUUUUGGAUAACUUCGCUCUUCUGUCUGGUCAGCUGAACACCAUCAAUAAACUGCUCAGGAACGAGAAGACACCAUCCUUUCGCAACCAGGUUAUAAUUCCCCUGGUCCUGUCUCCAGACCGAGAUGAGGACUUGGCAAAACUUACGGAGCAGCGCGUUCCAGUGUUCAGCCAUGAGAUCGUACCGGACUACUUGCGGACCAAACCUGACCCAGAGGUGGAGGAGCAGGAGAAAACGCUGAGUACAGAGGCAGCACGUAUUGGCCCCGAUGUGGCCCAGAAACAGAUCCAGGCUUUGAAUAAGUUGUGUACUACUCUGCUGGAGAAGCUAAGCAACCCUCGUGAGGACAGAGAUGCAGAAAGUGCUGCUAUGCGACAGAGCAAACCGUCUUUCAACCCUGCUGACACUAACGCAUUAGUUUCGGCUGUUGCAUUUGGAAAGGGACUUUCCAAAUGUAGGCCUCCUGGUCCUGUGGCCCCUGGACACCAAGGACAGGGGUCCAUGAUGAGUGGAGGUCCAACCUUACAGCAGGUCACUAUUGGUGGGGGUUCAGGCCAGCAAGCAGGUAUGGGAGGACCUGUGGCUCAACAGCAGCAAGGACAGACAGGAAAAAUGCCAAGCAGCAUCAAGACAAACAUCAAAUCUGCAUCUGGGUCAAUGCAUCCUUAUAACCGAUGAGCCGCCUUCUUCUCACCUGUUACCAUUCAGAGACUUCCCUUCAGAGGUGCCAGCAUUUACAGUAGAAAACUGUCACUUCUGUUUAAUGCAGGGGUGGGCAAAACAUUUUUCCAAGGGGCCUCAUGAAAAACUGGGACUGUUGCGUAGGGCCCCAUUUAUAACUUGAGCUGAUCAUUAUGAACUUUAUCUCAUUACAAGGUUAUUGGUACAUCCUUCCACAAGUUCAAGUUUCUUUUGUGGAAUCAUGGAGAAGUGAUCUCCCCCAUGCCUCUGUAGUGCGUUAUUUUAAUGGAGAAUAAUAAGUACAAAAAACAUCAUGGGGAUUUUUUUUCACAUGUCACUGAAGCUGUUGUAGUUUUUGAUGUCACAUCUAAAUGUCAGUGUUUGUUUGAACCACUAGAUGGCAGUCUGCUUUCAUUUAUGGAUUUAUAGUUUUGGAACUGUAAUCAGGACACUUUUCAAUUAAAAACAACGUGCUCAAAAGAA